CAAAACUAACAUCACUCAAAACCAGAGAGCGAGAGAAGGUCUUAUCUUCUUCUUCUUCUUCUUCUUCUCCAAUGUCGAGAGGACCAGGUCGUUUGAUACAGAACGUGACACAGUUCGCUGAUGCUCAAUUCAAACAAUUCUCUACUCGUUAUGGACAACAAGUCAUAGACAUUCUCGAUUUUCCAAUCAAGCUUGUCUUGUCUCCUUUCACUCUCGCUUUCGAUAUCGCUGGCUCUGCACCUCGUGGUUUUGGCAUCCCUGAAUUCAUCUCCAAAAUUUCGUAUCUCUCUGUUUUCGUGAGUUGUUUUCUCCUCAAAUUUUUGUGGCGGUUGCUACGCUUGGAACUUAUGACAUUGCAUUGGAUUUGGGGAAGAAAGUCAUAUGCCAAAGGUCAGAGAAUUUUUGAGAAACCGCAGGAUUGCAAAACUUGUAAUGGGUGGCAGGCAUUACGGUGCACUAUGUGCAAAGGAACAGGGAGUGUUCAUUACCAAAUCAAAGAUUACAACUUGAGAAGUGGAGAGAAACCAACAGCAGAUUGCGUCGCAGAUGCCAUAGUUGAGAAUCGAGCUGAGUUGGUUCAUCUUCCCUCCUCCAUCAACCAUAGUGCUCCUUUGCCAUCAAAAGACUGCCCAACUUGUGAUGGAACGGGCGUGAUGAGCUGUACUGAGUGCAAGAACAAGCUGCAAGUCAGGAUCUCGGCUGAUGAUAUCAUGGAACCUCCAUGGAAAGCCUAUAAUGUGCUGAAGAAGAUGGAUUAUCCGUACGAGCAUAUUGUUCACAGCAUGAAAGAUCCCAGCAUUGCAAAUUUCUGGUUGAUCACUUUGCCUCAGAUUGUGGGUGGGUUUGAUUAUGAUGAAGAUGUUAAGAAGAAAAUAUGGUGGCAAUACGAGGAAUCUAUGCGAUAUGAUCAACUUCGGGACUUGGUGGCUAAACGCAAUCCUGGCUGGGAAUAUUUGCAGGAUGCCUUGGUCUCCAUUGAUCCUGUCCGUGCUCGGGAAGACCCCGUCAUAGUGAAAAAUGUUCCUUAUUACAAGGCGAAGAAAUCUCUUGAGGCUGAAGUCACAAAACUCAGUCCACCUCCCCGUCCUCAGAAUUGGGGUGAACUGAAUCUCCCAUUGAAUACUUCCUCUUGGAGUGAAGAGGACCUCAAAAACCCGGCAAAACUGUACGAGAAGACAGUUCUUCUCAAUGCUCAAAGAGAAAUCGCAGACAAAAUCUUGGAUGCGCAAUGGGAAGCUAAAUGGCGCCAAGAGAAGGUGGAGGAAAUGUUGGAGGAGAAAGUGAGACCUUUCAUCCAAAACUCAAGCAUGGCUGUUCUUCCGCAACCCAUCUUGUUAAAGUCACAGAAGAAAGCUCAAAAGGGAAGCCGGCAAAGGAAGUGGUGGUUCUUUUAACCAGCCAAGUGUGUCGAACGAAUCUAGGAUAAAUGGAUUAUGAAUUGAGUUUUUGUGCUUCGUUGAUGAAAAUAUGCUUUGAUAUGAAUCUUGAAGGGUGUCGAAUACUAUUACACUUAAAGAAAUGUUGUUUUUGCGGACACUUGGCAGAUUCAUUGUGUACCGCCACGUGUAUACGACGAUCUAUCUUUCAUGCC